UUCUUUCUUCUCCCUUCCUGAUGCCUCGCCAUUGGAGUCCUUCUUUUUCUCCUUACCUAUAAGCUAUCUGAUCUGUCGUACGCUCUCAUGAUCUCGCGCGCACUCACACCGUUUGUCCUCGACUUCUGCACAUCCUCAACCCGACGGUCAUCUACAUGCGGUCUUCUGCUCGAUCCCGAUCAGUGAUGACCCUCGCUGCGCCAGGUUUAUGAUCCGCCCGAUAUCUGAUACUCGUCACACCCAGCUCCUCCGCGGUCGUUCUAUAAAGUCCGCCAGCUAUGUCCUGUAUCCCCUACCCCAUGGAUCACAACAUGUCCGGAAGCGUCAGCACCGGGAGGACUCCCUCCCUUCCCACCCCGCCGACGGAGCCCUCCGCGGAUCCUCUCGAUACCGCUUUACCGCCCAUGAGCUCCAAACAGCUCGUCCCCAUCCGCCCCUCCGAGUCCUCCAUGAUCCUGAACAACUUCCGCAACAGUCAGCGGGUCUCCGCCACCUUCUACUCCCAGGAUGCCAUGCCCAUGGUGGCCCACGGAUCCUCCGCCCACCGCCGCACCGGCAGCACCAUCAAGACCGUCAUGCGCAAGAUCUUCACCCGGAAACGACGCAGCAACACCGACGACUUCCAGUCCGCCGGCCCCGGUCCGCGUCCAGGCGGAUUCCGGUACAGUAACCCGACGGAGCGGAUGGGCCAUUCCCUGCCCCGAUCGGUGAACGUCCGGCGGGGGAGCCCGUUGAAGGAGGAGAACGAGACCCCGCAACCCGACGACUUCUACCACCUGCAGGCGCGCCCGCCCCGUCGUCGUCGCGCCACGCUGCCCAGUCUGGCCUUCUCGGACGAGGAAGCGCGCGCCACCCUCGACGCGCUCGCCUCCGAGCCCAGCCACUACCGCCCCAACAGCUCGCUCGCACCGCCCGGUGACCCCGCCCGGGACCGCCGGCGCGACCUCCUGCGCACCCGGCGCCGCUCGCGCAGCGCCGACGCCCUGCGCGCCGUGGCCGCGGGCCACCGCAUGGACCCCAUCCAGUGGCGACGCCGCAGCGUCGCCUCUGCCGAGUACGUCGGGACAACCGUCUCCGACAGCGAACUCUCCUACCGCCCGCCCACGGGGACCACCCACGCCAGCGCCCCGGAGGAAUCCACCGCGCCCUCCGUCUACGAUACCGACGAGUCGCAGCCGCCCGCGGACGCGCACGACGACGACGACGAUGACAACAACACCAACGACAACCGGAACAGCAUCAUAGUGCCGUGCGCCGGCACGCUCAUCAGCGCCAUGCAACACGACCCCGACCUCUCCGUCGACCAACGGGUCGCCACCAUCGAAGUCAAGCUCAUCGACCUCGAGUUCGCCAUCGCGCGCAUGCAAACCUCCCCGACGCCGUCAUCCACAGACAGGGCGCGCUCCACUCCGCGUAGUCGACAUGCCCACUCGCGCAGACCAUCCACCUCGAAGCACGUCGCCCCCGGAACCAGCAGCGGUCCCCCAUCCCAACCAACAGCACCACUCCCACCACUACCCCCCAAGACCGCCCCCUCAGCACCGCAACCAUCAAACCCACCACAUCCGACAGCAGACACCCGCGCGCGCCGACCCACCGCGCCCCCUCCUCAACCACCUCCCCGCUCCCUAAUUCCCAAGGCAUCUCCAUCGAGCAGUACAGCGCCCUCGUUCUCCUCCUCCGCCGCGAGCAAAACGCCCGCCGCGCCCUCGAAUCAGAGCUCUCCACCCUCCGCCAAGACGUCCACCAGCUGCAGCUCAACCAGGGCAUGCCCAACGCCCGCGGCUCCGUGCCCAGCAGUACCACCAGCACCGCCACCCCAGGCACGAUGUACCCCAUCCACAGCGCCGAGUCCAGCGAGUUCCUGCGGAUGCGCGAGCGAGCCCUCCACUCACAGAGCACCUCGCCCGCGCGCACGGAACAGCGCUUCUCUUCUACUUCCCCAAGGGAUUCUGGCGCCGACUGGGACAAUCCGCCGUAUAAGCGGUGGCAUUCUGCGCGGAACGUGGAUACGGGGGGAUUGAUCUGAUCCGUCCUACUCUACUAUCUGGUUGAUCUCCAGAUGAGAUAUGUCCUACCUUGGUCGAGACCAAGAAGGGUAUCCGAGGGGAGGACAAAAACAAAGGAUAUGAUGACAUAAUGAUCUUUUAUAUUCUCGGCACUGGUUGCUCCGUUCUAUUCUAUUCUCCAUUCUUCAUUCAUUCAUUAUAUCCAUUCUGCCUAUUCUAUUCUACUAUAUUCUACUUGGUAUUUGAUAUAUACAU